CAGCACAGUCCACACACACACACACACACACACACACACACGCACAGUCCUCCAGCUCACACGGGCCUUGGGAACACAGAGAAAGUCAUGGAGACUUCAGGAUCACCUCAAAACCACAGUCAGGUCCACAGAGAAACAGAAGACCUAGAUCAUGGAGAGAUGGACUUCCACACAGGACUCUUCUCUCAAGAACAACAUGAGAGAGAAAAGCCUUCCUCCUCCUCCUCCUCUUCCUCCUCCUCCUCUUCUUCCUCCUCAUCCUCCUCCUCAGGUGCUGAGCAUGGAGAGCCUGACAUUUUGAAGGAUGAGCUUCAACUCUAUGGAGGUGCCCCUGGGGAGGUGGUGCCCUCUGAGGAAUCAGGACUCCGAAGGAGAGGCUGUGACCCAGCAAGUGGAGAAGUGGAGGCCUCUCAGUUAAGAAGACUGAAUAUAAAGAAGGACGAUGAAUUCUUCCACUUCAUCCUCCUCUGCUUUGCCAUCGGGGCCUUGCUGGUGUGUUAUCACUAUUACACAGAUUGGUUCAUGUCCCUUGGGGUCGGCCUGCUCACCUUCGCCUCCCUGGAGACCGUUGGCAUCUACUUUGGGCUGGUUUACCGGAUCCACAGCAUCCUGCAUGGCUUCAUCCCGCUCUUUCAGAAGUUUAGGCUCAUAGGCUUUAGGAAGACUGACUGAGGCCAGUGCCAGCGGAGCAGCCAGGCCUGGCCCUAGUGUGACCACCACAGCAUCUUAUUGGCCCAUGAGGACAGAGCGGCGUCCUGGGAGACACUCAGGCGGGCCAGGCUAGAGCAAUAAAGAGAGCACUUUGCCUUCCAUGUGGUCUGAACAUUGGCAGCCGCCGGGCCCAGGUGUCCCUCCGGCAACAUGGGCACACAGUCGGCUGCCAGGAGGAAGGAGAGGGAGGGGGUGGGCCUGUGCCCUCAGGGGGCUUGGAUCAGCAGGAGGAUCCCAGGAUGUGGCUCCCCGCAAGAAACAGUAGGAGACCUUUGGGCCCUGCACACUCUCUUCUCACUGUGCUUAUAAGUUCUCUCAAGUCCCCACACCAGCCUGGGACAGACAGAUGGUCCAUUGCCCUGAGGCAGGGAACCACCAUCUCAGGCCCCUGGGGUGAGCCUGAUACAGUGAGAUGUGGGGAACUAAAGCCACAGCAUCUAGGCGUCUUCCCUCAGCCCCUUAUCUUGUGCCAGCCCAGCUACCCUUGGACUCCAUCAAUAUUCAAAUAAACAUUCUCUUCCCUGGA